AUGGCUGAAGAAUUUCAACUUCUUCUCUUUGGCGAUGAGACAGGCAAUUUCCGAGGGCCUCUACAGGAGCUUUGCGAGAGUCAACACGGAGUCCUCUUUUCUCGCUUCAUCGACGAUCUCAACGUGCUUUUACACGACGAGGUAUGCCGACAACGUCGCCAUGUGAAAGAACAAAUUCCACCAUUCAGGGACGUUCUCGAUCUCGUGAGAAAAUACCAGGACUCGGAUUGCCAAAGUCAAGUUUUGAAGACGCCCCUCUUAUGUAUCUUUCAGUUAGGCAGUGUCAUCAGCUUUUUUGACAAUCAUCCAUCUCAGCCUUUCGCGCCCGCUAACACUAUCCUGGUUGGCCUUUGUACGGGGCUGCUGGCUGCUGCAGCUAUGUCAGCAAGCCAAAGCGCGCUCAAUUUGAUAGAGAACGCGCUAAGUGCUGUUCGAGUCGCAUUCAGGAUCGGUAUCAUGGUGAACAAUGCCGCACAGCGCUUGUCCACCGGAUUCAAUCAAAGUUGGUCACGACUUGUGGUGGGUGUACAGAGUGAGGCAUGUAAUGCCGAGAUCAUGCAGUUCAACGAAAGAAAGGCUUUCCCACGGGCUAGCCAUGCCUACAUCAGCUCGAGCAGUGCAGAUACAGUCACCGUCAGUGGACCGCCGGCCACUAUCAAAGCUCUCUUCUCGGAAUCAGAUUACCUCCGUCAGCGCAAAACAGUAGCGCUCGAUAUAUUUGGGCCAUUCCAUGCGCCACAUCUGUAUAGCGAUGUUGACAUCGAGGAAAUUCUUCAGCCGAUCGCAGAGACCAAAGUGGACCGACCUUCUCAAUCAUUUAGUGUCCUUGGGUGCAGUGCAGAGUCGUCUCCUCCAGACGUUGGCCUGGGUCAGUUACUCAGACAGUUCGUGGACGAUAUCCUAAUUCGACCUCUAUCAUUUGACAACGUAAUCGCUACGGUAGUCUCGAAGGCAAGGGAUUCAGGUAGAGAAAAAUGCAACAUCUCUUCGAUAGGGCCUUCGAGUGCCCUAUCUAGUUUCGUAUCCAGCUUAAGAGCAGAGACAGAGCUCGAGGUGAGCGUUGGAGAACAGUUUAGGUCGACGAAAUCUACAUAUGACCGAAGGAGCAAAUCUCAGAAGAUUGCCGUUGUGGGAAUGUCUGGUCGAUUCCCUAAUGCCGACAACAUUGAUAGUCUAUGGAGUUUGUUGGAACAAGGAUUGGACGUACAUCGAAGAGUUCCUCGAGAUCGAUUCGACAUCGAUGCGCAUUACGAUCCAACUGGUAAAAAGAAGAACACAAGUCAUACUCCGUAUGGGUGUUUCAUAGAUGAGCCAGGCUUGUUCGAUGCACGUUUCUUCAACAUGUCACCGCGUGAAGCCUACCAAACCGAUCCCAUGGGCAGACUGGCCUUGGUGACAGCAUAUGAGGCGCUUGAGAUGUCAGGUUUUAUACUUAACAGGACACCCUCGUCAAUGUCAGACCGUGUCGGUACUUUCUAUGGCCAAUCGAGUGAUGAUUGGCGCCAGGUCAAUGCAGCAGAGAACGUUGACACCUACUAUAUCCCCGGGAAUAUACGCGCUUUUGGUCCUGGACGUAUCAAUUAUCAUUUCAAGUUUAAGGGGCCAAGCUACAACGUUGAUACUGCUUGUUCGUCAAGCUUUUCCGCAAUCCAGUUAGCCUGCACAUCUCUCCAGGCAAAAGAAUGUGAUACGGCAAUCGCUGGUGGCCUCAAUAUUAUGUCAGCUCCAGAUCUUUUUUGCGGGCUCAGUCGAGCCCAGUUCUUGUCAAAGACUGGGUCCUGCAAGACAUUCGACGAUGGUGCCGACGGAUUUUGUCGGGGUGACGGCGUUGCAACAGUCGUUCUCAAAAGGCUGGAGGAUGCAGAGGCCGAUGACGAUUUAAUCCUAGGCGUCAUCUUGGGCAUAUCAACGAAUCACUCAUCAGAAGCAGUGUCGAUCACGCAGCCCCAUGCUCCAACUCAAGAAUCCUUGUACAGAAAAAUAUUAAGGGAUUCGCGUGUCGACGCCCGUGAUAUCAGCUACGUCGAGAUGCACGGGACAGGAACGCAAGCUGGCGAUGGAGCUGAGAUGAGGUCGAUCUCAAACGUGUUUGCUCCACGAAAUGAAGGCCCGCGAAGUCAAAUACGUUCAUCGGAACAAACAGUCCAUGUCGGAGCUCUCAAGGCGAACAUUGGCCAUGGGGAAGCUUCUGCAGGCGCCUCGUCUCUGGUAAAGGUCUUACUCAUGCUAGAACGAAAUGUCAUUCCUCCUCAUGUCGGUAUAAAAGGCGUUAUGAACAAAGGCUUCCCAACCGACCUCGAGGAGAGAGGUGUUCGUAUCGCGCUCAAAGGAGCCCCAUGGAUUGCUCCCAAUGGCGGUAAGAGGCGGGCAUACCUGAAUAACUUUAGCGCAGCAGGCGGAAAUACUGGACUCCUGCUAGAAGAUGCUCCAAAGUCCGCACGGAUGAGCGACAAUGAUCCUAGAACGACUUUCGUGGUUUCGAUAACCGCAAAGUCAGCUUGGUCUUUGAAGAUGAAUAUUCAGAAACUCAUCUCAUACUUGGAGAUGAAGCCGGACACAUCGUUACCCAAACUUUCUUAUACGACCACUGCUCGAAGGGCUCAGCAUCCUUACCGCGUCUCUUUUGCCGUAACAAAUAUCCCUGAGGCAACGGAAGCCCUGAGAUCGGCUCAAGCUGAAGUUCUCAAGCUUGCUCCUAUUAAGAGCCCUCCUAAAGUCGUAUUUGUUUUCACUGGCCAAGGUGCACAUUACCCAUCGCUAGGGAAACAGCUUUUCGAGAACUCGAGACAAUUCAGGUCUGACAUCUUGGACUUCGACAGAAUAGGUCGCAGCCAGGGCUUCCCAUCUUUUCUACCUCUUGUGGACGGUACCAUCGUGGACGCUACGCAGUUCGCGCCCAUCGUGCUACAGCUUGGACAAAGUUGUAUUCAAAUUGCACUGGCACGGUUAUGGAUCUCAUGGGGCAUCUCGCCAAGUGCUGUCAUGGGCCACAGCCUGGGCGAGUAUGCUGCCUUAUUUGUGGCGGGAGUCCUAUCCGUGAGUGAUACCAUCUAUCUUGUCGGGCGAAGAGCACAACUCCUUCAGGAGCAUUGCACGGCAGGGACUCAUUCGCUACUUGCUGCUGCCGCCUCUAUCGCUGCCACCUGCGAAGCGUUAGGCGGCGAUAGGCCUGAUAUUGCCUGUAUCAAUGGACCUCGAGAGACUGUGAUCAGUGGUCCAACAGAACACCUGGUGGCUUCCUCGAAAACCCUCAAGGCCGCCGGCAUCAAAUCUGUUUUGUUGCCCUGCGCUUACGCUUUCCAUUCGGCGCAGGUGGCUCCCAUUCUUGAACCGCUCAUCAAGUCAGCCAGUUCUGUUUCAUUUGCCAAGCCAACAGUUCCUGUCAUUUCUCCUCUGCUUCAAGAGGUAGUGCCUGAUGGAAAUAUCAUUGGCCCAGAAUACUUGGCUCGCCAUUCCCGAGAGACUGUCAAUUUCUUGGGCGGUAUUACUGCUGGGAAAAGAAAAGGCCUCAUAGACGAGACCACCAUCUGGGUUGAGGUUGGUCCAACGCCCAUCUGCUCUGCCUUCAUCAAAUCGAGCCUUGGUAGUGAGAUAGUGACUAUCCCUUCACUUCACAAAAAGGAAGACCCUUGGCGGACUCUCUCAAAUGGACUCAGCCUCCUGCACCGCAAAGGCUUACAGAUUGACUGGGACGAAGUCCACAGUGAAUACGAAUCGUCCCAUAUGGUCUUAGGCCUACCCAGUUACACAUUCGAGAACAAAAACUACUGGCUUGACUAUCACAACAAUUGGUGUCUCACGAAAGGAGAGGCCAUGGAGGCGCCUACCGAGAAGCGCAAAAGCGGCCGUCUAUCUACAUCAUCGGUCCAUAAGGUAACCAAGCAAGACUACGGAGAGAGGAUCACAGUUGUAGCUGAAUCCGAUCUUUCUGAACCCGAUCUCAACGACGCCAUUUUUGGACAUGUGGUCAAUGGGGCAGCUCUCUGCCCGGCAGGCGUCUAUGCCGAUAUGGCAAUGACACUGGCAGGUCACUUGCACAGAAAGGUCAACAAGAGCGAAGAUUUUAUUCCCAUGGACGUGCGUCAUCUGGAAAUCACAAAGCCUGCUAUUGCAAAGGGCCGCGAUGCGAAAGGAGAGCAAAUCUUAAGAAUAACCGCUACAGCUGAACGGCCCCUCAGUCUUGUCAAAUUCACCUAUCAUAGCAUAUCUGAGGACGGCAGUGAUGGAGAAUUCCAUGCCUCGUGCGAAGUUCAAUACGGGGAUGCAAAGUCUCUGCUUGCAGACUGGUCUCGAUUUGAUUAUUUGUUCCAUUCACGAAUAGAUCAUCUAGCUCAAGGCGCCAAUGCUGGCAAAUACCAAAAGAUUAGCCGAGAGCAGGCAUAUAAAUCCUUCUCGUCUUUCGUACAAUAUGGCAGAAAAUACCAGGGAAUGAAAGAGGUUAUUCUUGACAGCAAGAACUUCGAGGCCACUUCCUUGAUCGAGUUUCAGGCCAACGAUAACGACGGCGAUUUCGAUGUAAACCCUUACUGGAUUGACAAUAUUGCUCACCUUUCUGGAUUCGUGCUGAAUGGCUCCGACGCCGUCGAUUCCCAGAAACAAGUCUAUAUCUCCCAUGGCUGGGAGUCUUUACAGAUGGUGCGCCCGCUGGCGGGCCGCCGGUCUUAUCGCAACCAUGUCAGGAUGCAUCCAGGACCGGGCAAAACAAUGGUUGGUGAUGUCCAUGUAUUCGACGGAGAUGAUAUGGUUGCUUUGGUUGCAGGUGUCAAGUUCCAGGCCAUUCCGCGAUCUCUACUUAACAAACUUCUUCCUCCCCUCAAUGGAGCUGCCCACCAUUCCGAAUUGAAGGCUACCGCUUCAAUGAAAGGUAUGGCCGACCAUCCAGACGUCAAAAACUCCAAGCCUGAGAAGCAGCUGGCUCCAACUUCGAAAAAGACAACGCAUAAGGCCUCCACAUCAAUAUCUCCUCCACAGAACGGCAACAAAAUUAUCACUGGGUUCAUGAGCAUCAUUUCUGAAGAGUUAGGAUUGGAACCAUCGGAGCUCCAUGACGGAGUCGCCUUUGCUGAUAUUGGACUGGACUCUCUGAUGUCACUUGCAGUGAGCGGACGACUGCGUGAGGAGUGUGAAAUAGAUGUGCCCACCUCCUUUUUCGCGGACAAGCCUACCAUUGGUGAGGCAAAAUUUGCAAUUCUUGCACAUGAUGGUGGCAAUCCGGAGGCAAAUGCGCUGACUGAAAGUGCAUCGAUUGAAUGUGCCUCAACUGGCAGUGCGGCAACAACGGAUUCGAUGAGCGGUGCUCAGAUGACUCGAAACACCUCGAUUGGGACUGAUCUGUGCAAUCACCCUGCGGAAGAUAUAACAAAGAAGCUCCUUAGCACCGUCUCUGAGGAGCUAGGCAUUGAGCAGACACAUCUCCUUGAAAUGAGUGAUUUUGCUGAUAUGGGUGUUGACUCACUUAUGUCACUCAGUAUUAUUGGAAGGAUUCGUGAGGAACUUAAUUUGGAUCUCCCCUCCACUUUUUUCGUCGAUUAUCCUAGCGUUGAUAAAGCGAGGAUUGCAAUCAGCGCUCUGACGGGAACGACCUCAAGCGAAGGUGCUACUCCAUCUAAGGAUAGCAUUGAUUCCUCUCCAGAUGAUAUGGACACACUACCAACCAUACAUGGUACAAAUGACCAGGAGUUGGCGGAUUGGGUUCUAGAAGACCAAGGCCAGGACUCGACGCUUCGCCGGGCGACAUCCAUACUUCUAUCUGGCAGCCCUAAGACCUCCUCAAAGAGCUUGUUUCUCCUCCCUGAUGGCUCAGGGUCAGCAACAUCAUUUUCAUUGCUUCCUAACAUCUCACCGGAUGUUUGCGUAUACGCUUUGAACUGCCCUUUCAUGAAAACUCCCGCAGACUUUACAAACGGCAUUGACAGUGUCUCAGAACAAUACCUUGCUGAGAUCAAGAGACGACAACCCCAAGGUCCGUACUACCUUGGCGGUUGGUCUGCGGGCGGCGUCCUCGCCUAUCAGGUUGCAUAUAAGCUGCUGGAGUUGGGUGAAAGGACUGAACGUCUUUUCUUGAUCGAUUCGCCAUGUCCUAUGGACUUGGAACCACUACCAUCAUCAUUACUUCACUUUAUCGACUCCUUGGGAUUACUUGGCACCCGAGGUACAUCACCGGACUGGUUGAUCCCACAUUUUCAGGCUACGAUCAAGAACCUCGAGAAUUUCACUCCUCGCUCAAUGACGUCGGUAGACGCACCCAAAACUUUACUCAUACUAGCCCGCGAUGGACUGUUAAAAGAUGCCAGAGAUCAAACGUUCCCGAGAUCAAGGGGAGAGGCAAAGAGCGUGAAGUGGUUACUUGAUAGUAGAGGUGGUAUUGGAACCUAUGGCUGGGAGAAGCUCAUAGGGGAUGAGAAUAUCAUAGUGAUGAAUGUUCCAGGAAACCACUUUUCAGUCAUUCGAGAACCAGACGUGGAACACGUAGCGUCUUUAUUACGACGGGGUCUUUCAGUAUGAUAAGAAGUAUUAUGGGAUAGUCCUAACGCGGGGAUAUAGAUUGUUCUACAGUUCGUUAUCUAGAUAGAUAGAUAGAUACCAG